GCUCAUCGUUGACAUCGGCCAUCAUCCAUCCAGUCCAGUCCUCAGCUCCACGCGCACCACCGAUCCACCGGAGAUGGGCCUGAGCCCCUCCAAGCGCGUGGACGCGGCGCUGCGGCGCGCGCCGGCGUUCGCCGCCGCCUGCGACGACGCCUUCGAACGGUGCCUCGCCGACGCGCAGGGCGCCUUCGGGGGCGUCCGCCUCUACCAGCUGGCCGACGCCGCGGCGCGCCUCCACGCGUCGCUCCGCGCGUCCGUCCCGCUGGUCCGGCGCUGGGUGCCCUCACCGCCGCCCCGCGCCCGCGUCGACGCCGCGCUCCGCGCCGCGGGGCUCGAGGGCGAGGCGGAGCUCUCCCGGGCCCAGCUCGGGGAGUUCGCCGCCGUGCUGUUUAGGGAGGCCGUCCUGGCCGGCGCGGCGGAGGCGGCGCUCGUGCGCGCCCCGGCCGCCGCGGCCGGGAUCGUCGGGCUGGGCGUGGCGGCGCGCGCCGCGCCCGCGGUGGUCGGGAGGGUCGUCGCCGUCUACGCCGCGGGCGCCGCCGCCGCGCUUUACCUCAGCCUGGGCUAGGUAUUGGGUGGACAUCAAGAUUAUCAUAAGGAGGAUGAACAGAUGCAUUGCAUCGUGGAAGCUAACGGCAACCCAGGAAGAUGGUGUAAACCGAUGGUGCAAUACUUGGAGGAGGCUAUCAGGGCGCAGCUGGCAAUCGGGCCCUCCUAAAGAAAAUCAAACUGAGCACCGCGUAGGAGUUCUGAAUCUGGGACUUGCGCUCCUUGAGGUUCUCUGUUCUUGUUUUUUCUUUUUCUUUUUUUCUGAAACUCUGUUUUAGCCUAUGCCUGUAAGGUGCUGAACUGUUGGUCUAGCUCUCUUCUAGCAGACCUUUGGCUUUGUUUUCCCUCAACUGUAAACGCUGAAACUCUUGUGCUUUGUUUCUAAUGGAAAUGGAGCUGGGCAUUCGGCGCCUUUUGAUCUAAAAAAACUUAAGGAAAUAGAAGAAGUUCGGGGUUUCAAA